AAAAAAUGUCUUCAGAUAACCAGUGGUCAGCAGAGGAGGAGGAAGGCCAAUUAUCCCGACUGAUCAGGAAAUCGAGAGACUCUCCCUUUUUCCCUGUAGGUAUAGCAGGCUUUGUGGCUGUGGUAUCCUAUGGUCUUUACAAGUUAAAGUACAGAAGAGAUCAGAAAAUGUCCAUUCAUCUUAUUCACAUGCGAGUUGCUGCACAAGGAUUUGUUGUAGGAGCUGUGACUAUAGGUGUUCUCUAUUCUAUGUAUAAGGAUUACAUUAAACCACGAUUCUUCAAUGCAUCCAAAAAAUGAAGCUAUCUGAUGGAAGCAAGAAAGACAAGAGGCUUUGGAAAACUUUUAUUAUGAAGAAUGAAUUUUCUUUGAAAAACUAUUAUGAAAAAUGAAACUGCAGAAACAUCAGCAAGAAUUCUCAUAACCUUUGUAUAUUAUUUCCAAAGCUUUAAUAAGUUGAUUUCCAGAUCAACAGUCAUAGUCACUUUAUU